CACUCCAAGGCUGUUUCUGCAGUAGGUCGCUCGUCUGCAUCUUGGUGUAGGAAGCACAUUAGGGAAUCAAUUGCCCGGGGUCCGAUGUGGUCCUGCAAGCCUCGAGGAAAGUCCCCUUUCCUAGCAUUCUUAAACACUUGGAAUAGCUCGCUUUUAGUGUCCAUAUGGUACAACAACUCUAUGAAUACCAGGCCUAAUGAAAAUAUGUCGGCCUUUGUGGAUACCGAAGUUUUGGUGAUGGUAAAGAAUUUGUUUGUCCUUGCUCUUGGUUGUGUUUGUGAUGAGAACGAGAUAUGUGACUGGCAGGGAAAGGGGGCUUUGGCAGUGUAACAUUGCCGAGAGAUGUUGGAUAGAAAGGAGUAUGCCAUUAAGCAAAUACACUUCUUAGGGGCUGGUCGUGAUGCUAUCUUGAAAGAAGUAGAGAUUCUAUGCACGAUGCACCAUGAGAAUAUCGUGCGGUAUUUCCAAGAGUUGGCGUUGCCUCGGAGCGCUAGUGAUGCCUUUGGUGUGAGCGAGGAUGACUCUAAAGAGAGCAUUGCCAUGUCCAUAUGGUACAGCAACUCUAUGAAUACCAGGCCUGAUGAAAAUAUGUCGGCCUUUGUGGAUACCGAAGUGGGACUACGCUGCACAUCGAGCUCGGGAGCCAAGUACACCCAAUUGCCUCCCGUGCAAAACACCGCAUCUCCUUGUCUCAUUGUUGCAUCAUACAAACCCAAGUUUCAUCUCAUGUAAAACUCACAAAUACAAAUACGUACUUAUUAAUUCAAACUACAUACCUAUCCCAAAGUCCCAAGCUUCAAAUUCCCGCCCAGAUCCACAAAAAUGUUAUUUCUUGAUGAGUAAAUUCCAUAAUUGGUCCUUUAUAACAUGGGGGUUUCCAUAUUUAGUCUUUUAUUAUCAAAUAUUACUCCUGUAGUCCUUUUUUUUAAGGGUACCUUUUCAUAAAUGGUUCUUUUUUGA